AUGCUGAAGCACGUCAACCUCCUGGAGGACGAUGGGCUGGAGGCGUUGGAUCUGUUCUUGACGCGGCUUCUCGGCAAAUGUUCGUUAUUUUGGCGCGGGAACACCAACGAGGUGGUGGAAGAGCUCGUCUCGACACUCCGUCAACGCGGGUCCGGCGCCACGACAUUCGCCCACGUCGAGAUACCAGAGAGCCGCAGCGACAGCAGCACAGACCAGUGUGCUCGAGAUCUCACGGGCUACGGCAACGGGCCCAGAGUCUGCUCGCCCGCGGGAGCGGAGGACAAUGACAAAAGCCACGGCGGUAACGAGAUGGAAUUCAGCUUUGUAGACUUCCUCAACGCGCCGCUGCAGGACCAACAACUCAUCGUCCCAGGCUUCACAGAGAUCGGCUCAUCGAGUGCCCCUUCUAGGGGCUCCUCCGCAAGCACCCCGCCAGCCGACCUUGCUGCCGUGUUAGACCACGACGGUGCCACGGGACAAGAGGUGGCGAUGACGAUGCGGGAGAGCGCCGUUCCUUCUCCUUUCACGAAAACGCCACCACCACUCCGAGAUGCGUUCGACAGUAUAGUAGGGGUGGGCUCCGUUUCUUGGAACGUUGGUUGGAACGUUGGCAGCGUGAUGGACCGAUUCUUCGCUGCGAACUUCGACACGGCCGAGGCGUGCGUGUGGCCCUGGCCGGGGGAGGAGUUGACGGCGAUUCAGACAGUCGGUCAGCUGCCCAUAUAA